CGUCCUAUUCUUUUCCUUUCGCAUUUGCUACAGUACAACACAACGCAACAUUUGGACUUUUGAAAACAUAACAAUUUCUUUAUUCUAUAUUUCUUCACCAUGACCCUGUGGAAUAAUCAAUGGAUUCGAUGUUGGCACUGACAAGACUACUCUCUGCCGACAACUCAAUUCAUAAUCAAAUGAAAUCCUAUUCACGCAGCCUCUUGUUUCCAUCAGUAUCCUUCUCAGGUAUAUUGGACGAAGAUGAGUUUUCCUCUGAUCUUAAUGCUGCUUCAAUUUCUGUCCGUGACCCACUCAGCUGACAUCCAAAUACACAGUUUGAUGAAUAGUUCUAUUGAACUCAUUGGAGAGGUCCCAAAUGUGCAUGUUGUGUCAGUCCUGUGGACAUGGAACAAAGACAAAGUUGUAGAUUGGGACGAGGGAGACCUAGAGCCAUUUUAUUAUCCUAGAUUAAAUAAGCCUACACUCAACAUGACAACCUGGGCUCUAACUAUCCCUGACCUGCAGCCUACAUGUAAUGGUCGAUAUGCACUUCAAAUCAAUGGGACUAAAACAACCAGGUCUUAUCAACUGAUUGUACUAGAACCUGUUUCUCAGCCAAAUAUCAGCAAAGACUGUGACCUGAAGUACUGCACCUUGACCUGUAAAGGAGCAGAUAGUAAUCACACAGAGUACAGCUGGACUGAUAACCAGGGGAGAAAUGAGAGAGGGCCUGUGAUGAAGGUGGAGAAGACUGAGGGACUCGAUGGGGUCUACACCUGUAACUUCAGCAAUCCAGUGAGCUGGAAAACAAGGAGCAUCAGUGAGAGAGAACUGUUCUCUCCAGAUGUUACAGAUGCUACACCUGCUACUACACCUGCUCCAGGUGUUACAGUUGCUACUCUAUUGGGCAUUAUCCUGGGAUCUAUCGGGGGCGUGGCCCUGAUUAUAGCUGCAAUAGCAAUUGGAAUUACAUAUUACAUCAGAAAGAAAGGGGGAAGCUCACGUGACACAAGAGUAUCCUGGAGAAGAGUUUCCACUGUCAACAACUAACAAUGCUGUACUGUAUGUGAAGGAAGAGGUGAAUGCAAUUCCAGAUCCAACUGAAGGCCCUACUGUAUAUGUAGUCUAUAUUUCAAGUAUUUCACUGUGCAAAGAGAUGUACUGUAUUUUGGACUUCCAAGUUUAGACUGUAACGCCAGGUGACGUCUUUUUUUUCCAACGUGCAGUAUUGACAUCCACAGGACCUCUGUAUAGCAUCCAAAAAAGGUUACCUAGUCCUAUUGACGUCCAAAUGGGGUGGACAUGAUCUGCACAUCUAUCAAACGUCUAAUGUUUAGUGGGAUAUAGUAUCAAAAUCUUGACCCACGUUUUUGAAGUACUGUAUUCCAAACAGUGGAGUGACAUCCAAGCAGCCACAACUAGAUUUUGUUCUGUGAUUUGUCCUGCUUAUAGAACAAUACUAAAGGUGCUAUUUCUGCUGGAUUUUUUUGUCACAGCUGUGGAUGCAUGAAAGAUGGACCUUCUCAUGAAAUACACACACUACACAAUUUUCUAAAAUAUCUAGACUGUGCCCAGUAUAUGACUCUGACCUCUGUUGAACUAUUAAUUACUAGAAUGAUUUUAUGAUUAUGUGUAUUCUAUUGUAUGGGAUGACGAUGCAACGAGGCUGUUAAGACGGGUCAGUAGUUACAGUACUGUACGCUGCAAAUGCUGCGGUCAUGAAUGUGAAUGAUUUAUAGAUUUGUGUGCCACAUGGGUGUUAUUGGCUAAAGAACAUUACACCUCAGUUUGUAAUCAUACUAUCUUAUACAUAUUCAGUGUAACCUAAACCUUUUUGGAUUAAAUCUAUCAAUCAAUGCCUAA